AUGGCUCUGGAGUGGCUAAGGCUGCUGCUGCUGCUGCUGCUGCUGCUCGGUGUUUCAGGAUUCCAAGCUGUAGGUGAACGGGAGGAGUCAAUGUGUCUGCUAGAAGGAAACAACCUGACCAUGGUCUGUCCUUACAACGUUGUGAAAUACAGCACCAGCCUGAAGGCCUGGCAGCGGGUGGGGAGCCAGGGCCCCCCAGAAACUCUCGUGAGCACAAAGACUACAAAAUCAAACCUAACCUGGGCCCAGGCCGGAAGGUACCUGCUGGAGGAUUUUCCCACCGAAGCCAUAAUCAGGGUCACAGUGACAGAGCUCCAAAGGCGGGACUUGGGGAUGUACCAGUGUGUGAUCCUCCUCGCAUCUCAGGACCCCAUUGUCCUGAACUCUCGGAUUCGGCCGGUACAGUGCAAAGGCCCAGAGAGACCCCUGUGGAUCCAACCCUCACCCUGUGUCCAUGGCCCCUCCAUCAUCAGUCGAGGGAAAUCAAGUUUGCCCCUCUGCUUUGGCUUGGCUGCCCCCAGACUCCUGGUCUCUGUGCUGUGUGGACUCCUGGUGGCCAACGGCCUGAUGCUGUCAGUCCUGUAUGGGCUGCAGCUCACUCCACUGCCUCCUUCCCCACACAUCAUCAUCUGGAACCCAGGGUGCAUAGGCUGGUUUGCCGUGCCCUUCUCCAUAUCGCAGUCAACACUGUGA